CAUAGUCUGUUCUUAUUUUUGUGUCCCCGCUCAGCUGCAAUGGUAGAAUUGGUUGAAAUGUGAGUUUGAAGGGUGAGCCUUAUAUGCGGGACAGUUCUGGACUCUUCAGAAGCCAUGGUUUCCUCAGGGGAGCCACCACUGGAGAAAAGAAAUACAAACUGAUAUGAUUCACUGGCUGUGUAGUUAAAGGACACUGGGAAACUGGGAACAUGAAGUUUUGCUUGAAGAGAACAAUAUUUUGAUGUUGAAAUAUUUUCUCACUUCGGGAGUGUCACCUCAACAGACCUGCCAAAAAUUUCCAGCUUUUGCUGUGUUUGCAGGGAUGAGGUGACCAUUCAGACCAUGACCAGCACACAAGGACUGAAACACAGCAUGCAGUACACAAGCAAAAUGUCCAUCAAACCAAAACACAAAUCAAGAACUACACACACCUGGCAAAUGUUGGCUAUCUACAUGGUCUUAGCUGCAAACCUCUCCAAACAGCAAGCACUGAAGCAGGCUUGUCCUUCAUGCUAUGCCAGUCAGCUUUGCAACUGCUCCUCCAUGGGCUUGGACUUCAUUCUCCCUGAGCUCACGGCCAAAAUCACAGUGUUAAACCUGGCCCAUAACAGGAUAAGGCGCAUCCAAUCCCAGGACUUGCAGCAGGCUGUGAACCUGAGAGCCCUGCUGCUGCAGUCCAACAAAAUCAGCUCCAUAGACGAGGACUCAUUUAAGUCCCUGGCAAAACUGGAACUCUUGGACUUAUCAAAUAACAGCUUGGCUCAGUUGUCCCCUCUGUGGUUUGAGCACCUUUUUUCACUCCAGCACCUCUAUCUUCAAGGCAAUUCCUACAGAGACCUGGGGAAGAGCUCCCCCUUUUCUAGCCUGAGGAACCUGAGCUCUCUCCACCUGGGCAACCCAUGGUUCUCUGUGAUAAGGCAAGGGAACUUUGAGGGCAUUGAGCUUCUGCACAAAUUGUGGAUUGAUGGUAGCAAUCUCAGUCAGUACGAGCAGGGAAGUUUGAAAUCAAUUAAGGAGAUAAAUCACAUGAUCAUAAACAUAAGAGAUAGUAAUGUAUUCUCAGAAAUUGUUAGGGACCUUCUGCACUCUGUCACUUGGCUGGAAGUGACAGAAAUCAAAUUACCAGUUGAAAAAAAAAGCUUGGUGCAAAAUUCUACACAUCCUUUUAGGAUGCAAAAACUUACAUUUAAGGAAGCUUUCUUCACAGAUCAAACUAUUAGCCAAGCAAUAGUGUUACUGAAGGAAAUCACAUCCUUAAAAGAGUUAGAAGCAAUCAACUGUGUGCUUGAGGGGAAGGGAAUAUGGAACACUGAAGAAAUUGCAAAGAGUGGGCAAAGUUUUGUUGAAACUGUAAAGAUAAUACAGAUAAUUAUUCAGAAUUUUCAUUUGUUUUUUGAUCUGGAAGGUAUGGAAUCACAAAUAAACAAAUUAAAAAGACUCACUAUUGCAAGUUCUAAUGUUUUCAUGGUACCAUGCAACCUUGCAAGACAUUUUUCCUCACUUCUGUAUUUGGACUUCCAUGAUAAUUUGCUUGUAAAUAAGCGUUUAGAUGAGACAAUCUGUAAAGGUUCCUGGCCUUCACUGCAAACUUUAAAUCUGAGUCAGAACUCUCUAAAAUCUCUGGAACAGACUGCAAGGUAUACAUCUCGUCUACCCAAACUGAAUAAUCUUGACAUUAGCCAAAACAAUUUUGGUGAGAUUCCCAGUGUGUGUGAAUGGCCAGAAAGUCUGAAAUACUUAAACCUGUCCAGCACUCAGAUUCCUAAAGUAACCACCUGCAUUCCUCCAACACUGGAAGUUUUGGAUGUUAGUGCAAACAACCUGAAGGAGUUUGGACUGCAGCUCCCAUUUCUGAAAGAGCUGUACCUCGCAAGAAACCAGCUGAAGACCCUGCCAGGUGCCUCACCCAUUCCAAACUUAGUGGCCUUGUCUGUCCGAAGAAACAAGCUGAACAGUUUCUCCAAGGAGGCAUUUGAGUCCUUCAGGAGAUUGGAGCUUCUGGAUGCCAGUGACAACAACUUCAUCUGCUCCUGUGAGUUCCUCUCCUUCAUCCAUCAUGAGGCUGGGAUAGCCCAGGUGCUGGCGGGGUGGCCAGACAAGUACGUGUGUGACUCUCCACUGGCGGUGAGAGGGGCACAGGUUGGCACUGUGCACCUCUCCAUGAUGGAGUGCCACAGAUCCCUGGUGGUGUCAUUGAUCUGUGUCCUGGUGUUCCUGGUCAUCCUGCUGCUGGUGGCCAUUGGCUACAAGUAUCACAUGGUCUGGUACCUGCGGAUGACGUGGGCAUGGCUGCAAGCCAAGCGGAAGCCCAGGCGAGCUCCGCCAAAGGACGUCUGCUACGAUGCUUUUGUCUCCUACAGCGAGAACGACUCUGACUGGGUGGAGAACACUAUGGUGCGGGAGCUGGAGCAGGCCUGCCCUCCCUUCCGGCUCUGCCUGCACAAGCGGGACUUUGUGCCUGGGAAGUGGAUUGUGGACAACAUCAUCGAUUCCAUUGAGAAGAGCCACAAAACGCUCUUUGUGCUGUCCAAGCACUUUGUGCAGAGCGAGUGGUGCAAAUACGAACUGGACUUCUCGCAUUUCCGCCUCUUUGAUGAGAACAAUGAUGCAGCAAUUCUCAUCCUCCUGGAGCCCAUCCAGAGCAAUGUGAUUCCCAAGAGGUUCUGCAAGCUGCGGAAGAUCAUGAACACAAAGACCUACCUGGAGUGGCCUGCUGGUGAAGAGCAGCAGCAGAUGUUUUGGGAAAACCUGAAAGGAGCCUUGAAGUCAUAGAAGUCAGAAGUCAGUCAUUUCAACGUAUCUUCACAAAGGCUGUUUAUCACUAUUUCUUACUGCUAAGAAUAUUUUCUUUUUUAUUGUUCUUUGUAACUGCAAUUGGCUUUGUUGUGUAUAGAGAUAACUGUCAUUUUACCAAUGGGAAAAGUCUUGCUUUAGUGAUUUGAUAUUCUGGUCUUUAAAAGUCCCUCCCAAUAACUAUGAUAUUUGGGAACUGUGUUGGACUGGAUAUGCUUUUCUAAAUACAUUUGUCUGGUGUAGGGUAUUUCUGUACUUUUUAGUCCUGUUACCACUUUCCUCAACUAGUUUCUUUCUA